GCUGUCAGACGCCCUCGCUCGCCUCCAUCAUGCGCAGCCUCCACCUGCUGCCGGGUGCACGUUGACGGCCGUCGGCAGGUCCACACGCUCACACACACUCACACACACAGAGGAAGAUCUGUGCAGAGCCAUGAAGGAGGCGGCGGUGCUGCUCCUCCUGCUGGCGGCGGAGGCCUCGUCGCGCUCGCACGGCGGCUGGUGCGAGCCCGGCUGCGACUGCCGGGGCGACCUCAAGUUCGCCAUCUGCUCGCGGGCCGGCUUCACGCGGCCGCCCGGCCGGGUCCCCGCCACCACCGAGCUCCUGGAUCUGUCCGACAACCACAUCCUGACCGUCCCCCCGCGCUCCUUCAGCAGCAACCGCAAGCUGCGGGUGCUGCUGCUGCAGAACAACAACAUCAGCGCGGUGGAGGACGGAGGCUUCUCCCAGCUGGAGUUCCUGCAGAAGCUGGACCUGAGCUGGAACCGCAUCUCCGCCCUGACCGAGGGCUUCUCCAUCGGCCUGGUGGUCCUGCGGGAGCUGCAGCUGGCCCACAACCGCCUGACCGGCCUGGACAGCCGCAGCUUCCUGCACCUGGACGGCCUGCAGAGGCUGAACCUGACCGGGAACGGCAUCCACACCAUCCAGGUGAGGGCCUUCGCCCCCAUGAGCUCCCUGCGGCAGCUGCACCUGGAGAACAACCGGCUGACGGCCCUGCGGAGCGGCAUCUUCUCCAUGCUGCGCUCCCUGGAGGUCCUCAACCUGGCCGGCAACCGGAUCGCGGAGACGGAGAUGGGGGUGUUCAAGCCGCUCACCAGCAUGACCUUACUCAACCUGGCCGACAACCAGAUGUCCGCCGUCUACUUCAAGACCUUCCUGAGCAUCCACACCUACAGCACGCACAUCCUGCUGGAGGGGAACCCCUGGAACUGCGACUGCGACCUGCAGAGAGUCUUCCGGAAGCUGCGCAGCAUCCAGCGCCUCUUCCUGGACGACUACUUCAACCUGACCUGCCAGAAGCCGCCCGUCCUGCGGAGCUACCUGCUGAUGGACGUGGACACCGAGCUGUGCAUCGCCGAGACCGUCACCGUGCUCAUCAUCACCAUCACAGUGGUGAUCACCGUGCUGGCCGCCAUGGUGAUGGGCGAGAGGAAGAGGAAGAAGAGGAAGAAGGGGCUGCACUGGACGCAGCAGGCGGACCUCUCGGAUGAGUCGGAUUACUGAGACAUGUCUUUAAUCCUCCUUAUGUUCAU